UCUAUAUCGAUUCGAUAAGAUUUUGCUACCACAAGUAAUCGUUUCGGAAAAACCGAUAUGUCUUCGGGUGUUUUCGCUUUGUCGAUAAAAAGUUAUUAUUCAUCCUGAAAAUAUACGAGUAGAAAACAGAAAAGGGAGAAGAUUUGAGGUUUUAACCUCAAAAACGUUCAGUUAUGGGUUCAGUUAAAAUCAAAAUUAGGUAAAAUCGAAAACGAAUUAAGAAUUAAGUAAGUACCGGUGGUCCUCGUAGGUUUCAUUUAGAUAAACCUAUUUACGUUGUGUCGCUCUUAUGUUGCCAAUAAAUAUUUUAAUCGCCCGCCAAAGGCGUUUAAGACGACUGAGAAGAUUUAAUUUGGAAAGGGCGCAAAUGCGAGAUACAUUCAAUCCCUUUGACCUGGAUGAUUUGGAAUUCCGAAGAAGAUUUAGAUUAACAAAACCUAAAGCCGAAAUGGUUAUAAACCAAUUAAUACCUUAUAUACGAAACAUUGCACGGAGAAGUGCACUGUCUCCUAGGACUAGAAUAUUUACAGCCCUACAAUUUUUUGCCACUGGAAGUUACCAGAGGCUUGUAGGUCAAAGUAGUGAGUUAUCAAUGAGCCAACAAUCAGUUUCGAACUGCAUUAGGGAAGUGGCGACAUUAAUUACAAACCAUUUAGCACCUAACUUCAUCAAGUUUCCUGCCACACCUGAACAAAAACAGGAAAUUAAAAAUGAGUUCUUUAGAAGAUUUAAUUUUCCAGGGAUAAUUGGAGCAAUCGAUUGCACCCAUGUGCGAAUAUUGUGUCCAACACUUGAAGAACAUAAUUACCUGAAUAGGAAAGGCUACCAUUCUUUAAAUGUACAAAUUAUAUGCGAUGCCAUGUUAAAGAUUUUGGCCAUUAAUCCAAGACAUGGGGGUGCCACACAUGAUUCUCAUAUAUGGAGAAUGUCCAAUAUAAAGACAGAGCUUGAACGCCAGUACCAUGCCGGUGAGAGAGCUACAUGGCUUAUAGGAGAUUCCGGCUAUCCCUUACAGCCGUGGCUAAUGACACCUAUAUUGGAUGCAGCUCCAAAUACACCUGCAGGUAGAUACACUGCUGCUCAUUGUGCAGCAAGAAACUGUGUUGAAAGAUGUAAUGGUGUACUUAAAACUAGAUAUAGAUGCAUCCUUGGAGAAAGGCUAUUAAGAUAUGAUCCUGAAAUGGCAGCAUAUAUCAUACUAGCAUGUGCUGUACUACAUAACAUUAGUUUAGAGGAUAUUGAUGGCUUGGCCUUGGAACUAUUUGAAGAUGAUCCUGUUCCUGUCGACGCACCUAAUGUGCCAAUGAGGUUUUUGCCUAAUGAAGGGCAGAGGCAAAGACAACGUCUAAUUAACCAAUAUUUUAAUAAUUAGAUUAGUAUUAAGAUAUUUAUAUUUUUUUUUCAAAAUUGUGUAUUUUGUUAACUUAAGUUAGGUGUUAAAUAAAUAUUUUGUUAUAUUA